AUGUGUUCCUCAUCCCAAUUCACCACCCUAUCUGCGUUUAGCCUGUAUUUGGUCAGAUCUACAUGGGCACUCAUCUGUCCGAUCCCGUCGAUUUCAGGUGUAACCAUACGCAACAAAACCUGCCCCGAUUUCAAGGCCGAUCCGACAUUCAUCUAUUGUUGCACAUCGAAAUUACCCCCCGCUACCGGUAUUUACAAAGAAAAACAUAGCAUUUAUUGUUGCUCUCUGGCAGAUUUCGAGAGAGAGCGCCAAGAGCUUGCCACCGCGGAACUUCACAACUUCAUUAAACAAUACCUUGCGGUGAUCAUCAUCGGCACGUUGAUCGCCUUCGGGCUGACGCUCACAGUCACGUCACUAGUGUGCAAGCGGGUACGAAAAUGCCCUCUCUAUCAAGAUCGGUCCAUGCUUUCCCACUCAGUGCAAGCGGCGACAAUGUACCGGCCGGUGGACACGAUACCUCCUAAGGGAUACGAGGCGCGAGAAUUCGCAUGCUAUGGAAGCAUUUUUAUUUGUUACAACAGCCGAUCGGCCUAG